CGUGCAUUGACCAUGGUGCUGCCCGUGAGCAUUGUGCGUGCUGGCGUUGAAGCGUCGGUGGUUGACCGCCUCUCGCGCCCGAUCAAAGACGUCUCGAGUCGUCACAGCGACGACUGUGCUGUCUGCGCCAAAUUGUUUACGAGCUUUCGAUACCCACACGUCUGCCGCUUGUGUGCCAACGUCACCUGCGGCGCCUGCACCGAGCGCGUCUCAGUCGAGCGUCCCAGUGCCCGAAAGCAGCGAACCGAUGCGUUGGCGCUGCAUACACGCGUCUGCAAGGACUGCUUCUUUCGCACCUUCCACGGCCGACGCAAGUCGAUCGCGAGUACAGAGGCGCGCAUCGAGCUCUCGAGCGGUGCCGACCGACCGUACUACUACCCCGACGCCAACCUCCAGUUUACAGGGACGCUGCAGCUUCCGCCACGUAUCAUGCUCGCGACAACAAGCCCACCGGCGACGAACCGCCAAGCCUUCGGCGCCCUCGCCGCCUACGACGAGCUCGAGACCCAGCGGGAAGAGCGCCUCGACAUUCUUGUGGCGCUGGCGCGUAGCGCGUACAACUGCCCGAUUGCCAUCGUGACGCGCCUCGACACGACGCACAGGAUGCUCACGGUUCAAGCGCGCAGCGGGUGGCACGUCGAGAGGUUCGACGCGGAGCGUAUGCUCGGCCAGCACGCACUGGGCGACGUCACGGUGCUUUUGAACGCGCUGCGUGACGGCUACGCGUCCCACCCGCUCGUGCACGCGCCGCCUUAUCUUCGUUUCUAUGCCUCUGCACCCAUCUAUAGCUCGUCAGCGCACCGCGCCGUCGUGGGACUCCUUUUCGUUGCCGACACGCUGCCUCGCCAGCGGUGCGACGCUUCUCGGUUGGUCAACCUCGCCAGUAUCGCGGCCCCCAUCGUAGCGGACAUGUAGCUACCUCUCGCUUGUGAAUCGCACGUUGUUUGCGCA